GUUAUGGACCUUAACAGAGAUAUCGGCGAAGCUUUACGAAAAGCACGAGAGAUGGCCGAACCCAAUCAUGGCACUUUACCGUCGACUAUUAUUACUGCCACCACAACCUCCUUGUCAUGCCAAGCUUUGAAUCCUACGGACAAGGCCAUGACCAAAGAUGCAAUUUCUGAACUAGGGAACUCAAUAGAGCAAACCGAUAUCAAAUGUGACAAUAUGAAUGACAAUGAUAUCAAUGUUACCAACAAAGCACGCAAGCAAAAGCUUGACAACAGCAAUCAAAAGGAUG